AUGGGGCCUCGGCCGACAAGAGGGAGGGAUAGAGCUCCAUCCCCUUGGCAUAGCCCCACUGAGGGGACAGGAGGGUGCUUGAGAGGUCCUCGACAACCGUGGAGUCCCCACAACCCCCAUCGGAGAGGGGGAGAGAGAGAGGGGACUGCUAGGACUCCUCCUACACACCUGUUGGUUAGAGAUAGCAGCUGGUUCAGUCUGAGUGACGCAGGGUCACACUCCAGCUCCAGAGGCCAUUCUGGCCACAGUUCCCCCCGUGAAGAGUCCUCUUCCUCUGCCACCUCCCCUUGCUCCCAGACGUCGGUCUCCCCCAGCCCCAAGACCUUCUACCCCCGUCAGGGAGCCACCUCCAAGUACCUGAUCGGCUGGAGGAAGCCAGGAUCCACCAUCAACUCUGUUGACUUCGGAGACAACCGCAGGAAGUCCCCGGGGGAGGGAGGAGGAGGAAGUGGAGGAGAGGGGGGUGGAGGUCAGGGUGGGGUCGGUGUUCAGAGCAGACCUCAUCACUCCCCCCAGCCACACCUCACCCACGCUAAGACCAGUGCAGAGGAUGAUAUGAAGCGACUGAGUCCAGACAGCCCCCUCAAACACAGACGGCACAAGGCCAAGGAUAAGUCCUCCUCAGGCCAGCCCCCUACCCGUCGAUCACUCCACCGCACCCUGUCUGAUGAGAGCAUCUACCGGGGCCAGCGUGUCCCCUCUCUGAGGCUGGGGGACCUCGAACCAGACCCCAGCCUGGCUAGUGACGUGCUGUUCAGCUGCUCCACGUUGCCACGCUCUCCCACCACCCGCGGGGUGCCCCUCAGACGACCUUCGUACAAACUGGGGAUCAAACUCCAUGGUGACCUAUCUGCGUCUGACACAUCAUUGGCUGAGAUGGUUGAGCGUCAGCGCCACCCCCUCCCCCAGGAGCUGAUGCCCCUCCCCCUCUGAGAGCAGGGACAGCCCCCUGGACUGGACCCACCUGGUGGAUGUGGCCAGCACCUUUGAGAUCCAGAGAGGGUUUGUGUUCAGUGAUUCUAACCCCAGAGGUAGUGGAGCCUCCAGCCCUCACCAGUCACAGCCCAGCCUGGAGAUACAGCUUGGCCCUCUAUCAAGACCCUCAUCCAGUGAGGGUCCUGCAGGUUUGGAGAGGAAGUUGACCAAGCUGGAAGCCAUGGUUAGGAUGCUGCAGGAUGACCUGAAGAAGGAGCGUGAGGAGAAGCAGCGUCUCCAUCUACAGAUCAAGAUGCUAUGGGAAGAUAACCAGCGGCUGCAGGAGGAGUCCCAGAGCUCUGCUGCCAAACUCAAGAAGUUCACAGAGUGGGUUUUCAACACCAUCGACAUGAACUGAGACAGAAGAGAGAGAGACAGAAGAGAGAGAGACAGAAGAGAGAGAGACAGGAGAGAGAGAGAGAGAGACAGGAGAGAGAGAGAGAGACAGGAGAGAGAGAGAGAGAGACAGGAGAGAGAGAGAGAGAGACAGGAGAGAGAGAGAGGGACAGAGGAGGAGAGAGUGAGGUGAUGAAGAGGACUUUUCAACUGGAUGGAGAAGAGGAAGAGAGAGUGAGGAAGAGGAAGAGAGAGUGAGGAAGAGGAAGAGAGAGUGAGGAAGAGGAAGAGAGAGUGAGGAAGAGGAAGAGAGAGUGAGGAAGAGGAAGAGAGAGUGAGGUAGAGGAAGAGAGGGUGAGGAAGAGGAAGGGUGAGGAAGAGGAAGAGAGGGUGAGGAAGAGAGUGAGGAGAGGGAGAAGAGGAAGAGAGAGUGAGGAGAGGGAGAAGAGGAAGAGAGAAAGUGAUUGUCCUUGACUCGAGCCAAACAUCGGGACCAGUGCCAACCACCCCAAAACCAUUACCUCCUUCUCCCUGGAACUCGCUGAAGGACCCCUCAACCCCUAGUGUCUCCCCUCCUACCCUCGGUCUUCAGUAAAGUUCCCUUCUCACACUCAGGACCAGAGCCUAGAAGGACAGUGUUGUUGUGGUAAAUAACCCCCUCCUCACACACUGGCUGAGGAGGUGUGUAUUUGUAAUGUGAUUUCAGCCCAGAAAUACUAGAGCUUAGAACACUGGAGCGUUGUCUCCUCGUCUCCUCCCACAGCGUCUGAGCUGACUUCACUCUGGGAGUGGUAGGAGGACAAAGAGAGUUUUGUUUACCCACUAGACCACA